UCCUACGGUACAACAAACAAACAACAAAAAUGAAUAGUUUAAUCAUUCUUGCCACAUCACUUGUUAUCGCUUUGAUAGCCUCGCCAAGCACUGGUCUUGUUUAUCCGACAAGCAAAUUGUUCGUUCCCAUAAUGGAACGCAUUUGCUACGAUGAAGUUUUGGAUUCGUGUGGAGAUGACGUAGAAGCUUUAGGUAAACCUGGCUACCAAGUUUACUGUAUGUUUUGUCGUGGUGGCGUUUUCGACGAUUCCACGGAAAAGGUAAAAGGAAGGGGCAUCGUCGAACCGAAGGGUACAUUCAACUUUGCCAAUCUACAAAUGCGCUUGUACGGCUGUUUCGCCGAAGAGAAUUACGUUAGAUGUGCUUAUCAAACUAUUUACAAGAAGUACAGGAAUGCGAUAUUCGAUGUGGCCGAUCCGAAUUGUGAACACUUUGCCUCACUCCAAGAUACUUUAGCGCAAUUGUACCGCAAAGGAGAUCCGUAUUGCUAAGAGAGUCUCUUGAAUUUUAUAGGAUGAACUUGUUUCGUGGUUUAAAAACGAUUACACUGAAUAUGCCCUUUGCUUUUACUUGGGAUUUUUUUUGCAUCAAACUUAUCAUU